AUGAACAAUUCGAAGCUGUUACUUCCAAUCCACAAGAAACUUUUGACGCCUUGGAAUGAUCUCCGAAAAGGUGAUUGCUGCGGCCGCAAAUUCGAAGUUGUGAGUGAUGGCUACUACUCUGAGGAAACUGAUUUUUUCGCCCACAAGAAAUGUGCUGAGUACAGCUUCGAAAGAGUUUCACACCCAUAUCACUCCAUCCACCCUCUUUCCCUUGCUAGUGCUCCAGAGAUAUCUGUCAGAUGUACCUUAUGUGGAAUGAGGAUCUGGGAUGUAUAUUAUUCUUGUCAGCUCUGUGACGUCUACAUGCAUCUCUACUGCGCUAAGUACCCACCACCAGAGGUAGUUGACAUUUCCGAUAAGCAUAGCCACAAACUAAAGCUCCUAAAGGCGUGGAUCGAGUUCACCUGCGGUGCUAACUGUGGGGAGGAGGGUGAUGGGUUUCCAUACAGGUGCGGUGAAUGCGAGUUAAGCUUCCAUGUGGGUUGCGUAAGGCACACGUCAGAGGUAAACCACUCUUGCCACCCUUCACACCCUCUAAAACUCUUCAGGGGUGCACCACCUGAUUACACUGGUGGUAAAUGUACUCUGUGUGGGAAAGGGCUUGAGGAGUUGUUUUAUCAUUGCUCCACUUGUAACUUCAGCGUGGAUCUAGAUUGUAUUCAUCAGCCGCCACCAACCCAUCUUCUUAACUUGAAAGGCCAUGGUCACAAACUCACCCUUGUGCCUAGAGUCAUGUCCUUUACUUGUAAUGGAUGUGGGUUGAAAGGAGACCGAAGCCCUUAUGUCUGCGUUCAGUGUAACUUCGUGAUUCACUUGGACUGUUUCUUAUUUCCACGCCUCAUAAACAUCAACCGACAUGACCAUCGUGUUUCUUUCACUCCAGUUCUUGGUGUCUUGGAUUUGGUAUGUGGUGUUUGUCGUAAGAAAAUGGACUGGAGUUGCGCGGGUUAUUCCUGUGUGAGUUGCCCUAACUAUGCCGUUCAUUCAACUUGUGCUACAAGAGAUGAUGUAUGGAAUGGGAAAGAACUCGAAGGAGUAGCCGAAGAAGUUGAAGAUACAGAUCCAUACAAGCUAAUAGAGGAGGGCGUAAUACAACAUUUCAGCCACGAAGAACAUCACUUAAGACUCAACAAAGAUGGUGUUGUUCUAUAUGACGUUAACAAGCGGUGCAAUGCAUGCACACAUCCUAUCGUUCUACAAUCCUUCUACAGCUGCACUGUUUGUGAUUUCUUUUUGCAUGAAAGCUGUGCUCAGUUGCCAAGAAAGAGGCGACAUGUACUACACAACGACCAGCUAACUUUAGAUACUGGCAAUAGUCUAUUUGAAUGUGUUGCUUGUGGAGUGUUUUGCAAUGGUUUCAGAUACGUGGAUGGCCAUAAGAUAUUUGAUCUACGUUGCGGUUCAAUAGUGGAGCCGUUUAAACAUCCAAGCCAUCCUCAACAUCCCUUGUUUCUCCUUACAGAAGAAGAAACAGCAAUCUGCAGUGGCUGCAACGAGCUGGCGUCUCCGGUUCUCAAAUGCAUUGAAGAUAACUGUGGAUUCGUCUUGGACUUCAAGUGUGCUACUCUACCGCAAGUUGUAAAGCAUAGAGUAAACGCUUAUCCUCUCUCACUUUGCUACGGAGAAAAGGCAAAGGAGGCAAAUGGUAAAUAUUGGUGUGAGAUUUGUGAGAAAGAAACCAAUGCAAAGACAUGGUUCUAUACGUGUAGAGAUCACUGUGCUAGUCUGCAUGUAAAUUGUGUGGUAGGAGACUUGUCAGGUCUCGUUCUAGGAAGACCACUAAACCAAGACCGCAUAACAUAUGAGGUGGUCCUCAGCACUAGUAUGACUCGCCCAAGGUGCUCGGCAUGCUUCCGCACUUGCUUGUACCCUAGCAUAAUGAUAACCUUGCCAGGUGAAUACUCUUGUUCUAUUGCGUGCACUUUAAAAAUUUGGAGGAAAAUAUUUAUGUAUUGGUGA